AUGUCGACGGCAGUGGAAGCGGUCGGGUUCAUCAUGUGCAUAAUCAGCUGGCUGGUUAACGGUGCGGCGCUGGUUAACGACUACUGGAAGGUUUCCACCGUGUCCGGCAGCGUGAUCAUCUCUCAGAGGCAGUUUGAAAACUUGUGGCACGCCUGUGCUGAGAACAGCGCGGGAAUCGCCGAAUGCCGGGACUUUGAAUCGAUGCUGGCCCUCCCCGUCCAUGUACAGGCCUGUCGCGCCCUGAUGAUCAUCUGCCUGCUGCUCGGCCUCGGCUCCAUGAUUGUCGCUCUGCUUGGACUCAAGUGCAUCAAGAUCGGCUCAAACACCGAUCAAUCCAAGGCCAAGAUCGCCACCAUUGGAGGAAUCCUGAGCAUCCUCGGCGGGCUUUGCUGCAUGAUAGCUGCUUCCUGGUACGCAGCCAGAGUGGUUAAUGACUUCAAUGAUCCGUUCUACGGUGGAAUGAAGUUCGAGCUCGGCACCGGCCUCUACAUGGGAUGGGCUGGAGCCUCUCUGGCAAUGCUGGGCGGAGCUUUUCUCUGCUCGGCGUGUAAGAGAGCGUCGGUGAAGAAAGGCGGUUAUUAUGGAAAUGCACCACAGAAGGUGUACACGCCCACAGCCAAAUCAGAACCAGACGCCAAAGCUUACGUCUAA